CGCUAGGCGGCGCUGCGCCCUGCCCGCCCUGCCUGGGCCACCUGGGCCGGCCGCUGCACCUCUGUCCGGUGUGCACCGCGGCCACCACGGCUGCCAAUCCCCGACCUAGCUACCGAGUGUAUCAUGCAGUGCCUGGGCGCCGAGUACUUGGUUUCCGCAGAGAAAACACCCGGGCAGCGCGAGUGGCGACCCCAGAUUUAUAGGAAAUGCACAGAUACGGCGUGGCUGGUCCUGUUCUUUCUCUUUUGGACUGGUUUGGUGUUCAUCAUGGGCUACUCGGUGGUGGCUGGAGCAGCAGGAAGACUCCUCUUCGGCUAUGACAGCUUCGGCAAUGUCUGUGGCAAGAGGAACUCCCCAGUGGAAGGGGCCCCCCUCUCAGGGCAGGACAUGACUCUCAAAAAACACGUGUUCUUCAUGAAUGCCUGUGACCUGGAAGUCAAAGACCGGUGGCUUGGUCCCACAGCCCUCUGUGUGUCCAGCUGUCCUGAGAAGCAGCUGGACACCCUGGAAGAGCUCCAGCUCUUUGCCGACAUCAAUGGGUCUUUCCUGUGUGUCUAUAGCUUGAACUCCUUCAACUAUACUCAGAGUCCAAACGCAGAUACACUGUGUCCCAGGCUCCCUGUUCCUCCAAGCAAGCCCUUCCCCCUGUUUAACCGGUGCAUCCCUCAGACCCCCGAGUGCUAUUCCUUAUAUGCAUCAGUCUUGAUAAACGAUGCUGACGCUCUCCAUCGAAUUCUAAGUGGAAUAAUGGCGGGAAGAGACACCAUCCUCGGCCUGUGUGUCUUCACAUUUGCCUUGUCUCUGGCCAUGAUGCUCACUUUCCGAUUCAUCUCCACGCUUCUGGUCCAUAUUAUCAUUUCAUUGGUUAUUUUGGGAUUGCUGUUUGUCUGCGGCGUCUUAUGGUGGCUGUAUUACGACUACACCAAUGACCUCAGCACAGAACUGGACACAGAAAGGGAGAAUAUGAAGUGCAUGCUGGCCUUUGCCAUCAUUACGACAGUCGUGACGGUGGUUCUCCUCGUCUUGAUUUUCACCCUCAGAAAGAGAAUGAAGUCGACAGUCGAGCUUCUCCGCAUCACAAAUCAAGCCAUCAGCAGUUGUCUGUCCCUGCUGUUCCAGCCACUGUGGACGUUUGCUACUCUUGUCUUCUUCUGGGUCCUCUGGGUGGCUGUGCUGCUGAGCCUGGGGACUGCUGGCACUGCCCAGGUGAUGGAAGGGGGCCAAGUGGAAUACAAGCCUCUUUCGGGCAUUCGGUUUAUGUGGUGGUACCAUUUGAUCGGCCUCGUCUGGACCAGCGAGUUCGUCCUUGCAUGCCAGCGGAUGACUACAGCAGGAGCAGUGACUGCUUGCUACUUCAACAGGAAUCAAAACGACCCUCCUGCCCACCCAAUCCUUUCGUCUCUCUCUGUACUUUUCUGCUACCAUCAAGGAACUGUGGCGAAAGGGUCGUUUUUAAUCACUGUGACAAGGAUCCCGAGAGUCAUUCUCAUGCACGUUUAUAAUACUCUGAAAGAUCCGCAGCAUGGUGCGUGGUCAAGAGGCGCAUUCAGAUGCAGCAGCUACUGUGGGCUUCCGUGUCUCGCCAGACACCUGCACCAUCUCAACCAGAAUGCAUACACCGCAGCUGUCAUUAAUGGGACGGAUUUCUGCACAUCAGCGAAAGAUGCAGACAAAAUCAUGUCUAAGAACUCAAGUCAUCUCACGUCUGUUAACUGCUCUGGAAACUUCGUCAUCUUCCUGGGAAAGGUGCUGGUGGUGUGCUUCACUGUUUUCGGCGGGCUGAUGGCGUUUAACUACAACCGCGCGCUCCAGCUGUGGGCCAUCCCUCUGCUGCUAGUGGCCUUCUUCGCCUACCUAGUGGCUCACAGUUUCUUGUCUGUGUUUGAAACCGUGCUCGAUACACUCUUCCUGUGCCUCGCUGUGGACCUGGAAACCAAUGACGGAUCACCAGAGAAGCCGUACUUCAUGCACCCCGAGUUCUUGAGUUUUGUAAAACGGACCAACAACUUUAACAACACAAGGUCUCAAGAACACAAGGAUGCCUUACCAAAUGAAGAGGGGACAGAGCUGAGGCCCAUUGUGAGAUAGGGACCCAGAGACUUUUGUACCUGAAGACCCUGAGUGCGCUUUGACCUCGCGGUGAUGCUGACACCAAGUCUACAGCUAUUUUCACAUGAACCAGAGCAAGAAAAAGCAUGGUAAAACUAUGUUUAUACUGCCAUCUCUUUAAAAGGCCCACAGUGCCCGGGCCCGGUGACAUACAUCUAUAAUCCAUCCCCAACAAUUAGGCAGCUCAAGUACAAAGAGCACCAGUUUACGGCCAGCCUGGGCUACACAGGCAUUUAAAGCCAACCUGAAUGCUAUGUAGAGACCGUAUCUCAACAUAAAUAAAUAAAUACAAAUAAAAAAUAAGAUUGGCCCUCUGGAUAAAGACAACUCCUGCCAAGCUUAAAGCCUUGAAUUGAUCCCUCCAGACCCACAUGGUGGAAGGAGAGAACCAAUUCCCACAAGUUGCCUCAAGACCUCCACACCUGUGCCGUGGCACAUGUAGACACACACACACAAACACACACACAAAAUAAAAUACAUUUAAAAUGUAAGUAAAUAACAUACCUCGUAAAACUUACCUGAGUUUGUGAGGUCACAACCAGCUUAAUUUUUUUAUGGCAGAUUUUGUUAGCAUAAGUCUCUAGAAUACUAUUCUUACACAGGGCAGGACGUUCUGAUUCUUGCAACUCUGGGAGCACGCUAUCAGCUCUUACACUUACUGACAUAAGGCAGGCGUGAACUCGACUGGAGCAGCACACCCAGGACAGGCAGUUAAGCAGGAUGCGGCUCAGCCGGCCGCCUGCAAGCAGAAGGCACUUUCACAAACCAGCAAACAUUAAGAGAAAGCGAUGCUCAACCUCUGCCCAAAAUGAGACUUGCCAGGGAGCUUUUUAAAUUAUUUUUUUAAACACACCUGACCAGCAGCCAAAAUGUAGAUGGCUUACAGAAGACCUUUUCCUUUUUAAAGCCCUAAACAAGAUGAAGUUUGAAUGUGAGGACGGGCGCCUCAUCAGUCGAGAUGCGGUGUGGAACGCCCAUCCUAAGAGGAAGCCUGACCUGACGGACUUGGCAGGCCAGCGCCUGUGAUGUAAAAAAGUCCCCUUCCCUUGCUUGUCCUAGCCACCUCUGCAUUUGACAGGAAACAGUCUGACAGCUCAGGCCCACUUUAAAUGCAAAUUUCUUCUUCCACGGUACCUUUCAGCUCUGAGUGAUUUCCAGGGCACUCCCAGAAGCAUGAGUGAGUCAUCGCUGAGUGAUGAUGUCAUUUCUGUGGGUUCAAGCAUCUCUUUAUCUGUCUUGACAAAAACCACCGGAGCCCAACCGCCAGCCCCAUCAGAAGAAAUCGCUUGGCUGAGACAAGGUCAGAAGGCGUGCGUGACCAACUUCCCUCAGCGAGGCACUGGAGUUUCCCACACCCAGCUGUUGUUCAGCCUUCCCUUAGGUGAGAAGGAUGGCUUAGAGUUUCCUCAGUUAGCACCCUGGGCUCCCCCAGGUCAGCUUGGCACCAUUCAUAUCCUACCCUCAGUGCCCAUAUAGUAACUCUCCCUUGCAGACGGAAAUGCUUUUAAGAGUAUUCCAACUUGAAUUUAAGAUGAACCAGGGCAGCCAAGUCAUAAUAACGCAAGGACCAGGUAAUUCCUGGCUGUCACUUAACGCAAUGGGAAUUUUUCUUCUUUUGGUUAUUGUUUUGCUCUUGUAGCCUUCAAACAGGGACUCUGUAGCCCAAGCUGACCUCAAACUCGCAGAAAUCCUCCUGCUUCAGCCUCUCUGGUGCUGGGAUUACUGGGGGUUAAGUCAUCACACCCAGUUUAGACUCAGUCUCCACGAGUGCCAUGUCGUAUGAGUUAAAUAAUGUUGAAAUACCUUCUCAGUGUCCAAGGAAUGAGGCCUCUGAUUUCUGACCUGACUCUGCCUACACAGAAGCUAGCCAGAAAAUAACCAGCCUGCGGUUCAUAUGAAUGUUCAAAAAAAAUAUUUAUUUAUAAAAAAUACAAUGGGAUAAGUUUAUGCUGAGAAAUGCAGCAAUAAAUACAGUUGGAGGAAACAGCGACUCUACAGUGAUACAUUGGCACAAAUGAAGUCUGCAGGUACACACCCAAACCUACAUGUCCGCGGCCAUCUUGGUAUACGCUCCUCGAGAAGCGCCACUCGGAAAAGACCUUGUCAGCUUAGAGAAGAGAAUGAAUAAUCACAAAUGCACACUGAUCAUGACUUUAUUUAAAACUCAGCAAGCAGAACUGCAGAAAAAAAAACAACCAUGUGUCAGGUUUUCUACACGCUGCAUCUUAGGAUUUAGUUGGCAAAGACCACAUUUAGCAAAUCAACAUUUUAGUCUUCCAUGUUUAAGCCAGAUACACACUAAACUGUAGAAAAGAAAAAUAGGUUCCUAUUGUUUGAAAAAUACCAGUUUAAGUGUAA